AUUGAUUUCUACAUGCGACCCAAGCCUGCUAUUGCCACAUACCAAAACAUCAUUCAACUGAUCCAUCCAUAUUCAAUCUGCAAGAAUGGGUACUGGCUCUAAGAUACUUUCCGUUCUGCUUCGCUUCUGCCAGCUUUCUUCCGCUACCAUCGUCGUUGGUCUCUUAAGCCGCUUCUUCCAUCAGCUGCACGUUGCACCUUUUGGUAGUACUAAUGGUCGUCUGGUAUAUGCUGAAGUAAUAGCCUGCCUGGCACUGGUCGCUUCAAUCAUUCUCAUUUUCCCCUCAAAAUUCUCUUUCUACGCUUGGCCUGUCGAUGUCUUACUCUUCAUUCUGUUGAUAAUAGCAUUUGGACUCCUCGCCGGUCUCAACGCCUCCUGCUCUUCCAAUUGGUACUGGAACUACUGGGGCUGGAAUUGGGGCGGAUUCUGGGGAAGGCCACGUCCCAUUACUGUCGGCACGGCUGGCCGUCCUGGCUGCUCGAGCUGGAGAGCUAUCCUCGCUUUCCUUUUCAUAGGAGCAAUAGCUUGGAUGUUCAGUGCCAUCCUUGGCGGCUUUGUGUCCUCAGAGCUCCGCGAGGACCGUGCAGCGAAUACAAAGAGGUCUAUCAAGGAGAGGCUCAUGAACAAAAAUAAGCGGGCAGCGCAACCCGAAACGCAGGAGACGGGAUAUACGGUGUGAUAUCUCUCACAAAUUGGAAGGCUAUUUCGCAUCAUCAUGUCUCAUGCCUUAACCUCUACGCCGAAACGGUUACGUAGGACAAGAUGAUAUGGGAUAACUUAUGCCCGAUGAGCAGACUGAUCGAGUCCAUGUUAUGUCACCUGUUGGGCCUCUGUAGUCCCUCAGGCAAAACAACAUUUCGGCUUCCUUUUUUUCUUUACCGUUGACGAGGCACGAAGGGGUUCGCAAUUGUUUCCCAGUCCUCUAACCUCCCAGUGCUUCUUCCGGACCUGUAAUUAAUACUAUAUACAUGAUUUGAAC